AUGGUUGCUAACAAAAACUAUAAAGGAGAAUUAUCAGUUGAUAAUUUUCGUGACAAAGGGGAAAAGGGACUGCCUGGAGCACCUGGAGGAAAAGGCAAAGCAGGUACUGUAUGUGACUGUGGUAGAUACCGGAAGGUAGUUGGACAAUUGGAUAUUAGUGUUGCUCGCCUCAAGUCGUCUAUGAAGUUUGUUAAGAAUGUCAUAGCUGGAAUUAGGGAAACUGAUGAGAAAUUCUACUACAUUGUUCAGGAGGAGAAGAACUACAGGGAAUCCCUGACUCACUGCCGGAUCCGAGGUGGAAUGCUAGCCAUGCCAAAGGAUGAAGUUGUCAACACACUUAUCGCUGACUAUGUUGCCAAGAGUGGUUUCUUCCGGGUGUUCAUUGGGGUGAAUGAUCUUGAGAGGGAGGGGCAAUAUGUAUUCACAGAUAACACCCCACUGCAGAACUACAGCAACUGGAAAGAAGGGGAGCCCAGUGACCCCUACAGUCAUGAAGACUGUGUGGAAAUGCUCAGCUCGGGCAGAUGGAAUGACACAGAGUGCCAUCUGACCAUGUACUUUGUCUGUGAGUUUGUCAAGAAGAAAAAGUAACUUCCUUUAUGCUAGGCAUUUGUUAUUUCUCUGUGACUACCACUGCCUAUUUUGAAUCCAUCUUUUUCCUCCCAGUUAUACUGAAUUUGUUCUGACUCAAGACAAGAUAGAAGUGCUAAACUGUAGAUUGGACUCUCCCAUUGCUAAGCUCCUCUGUGGAAAUUUUGAAAAUUUCAUACUUGAUAUGUUAUAGGCCCCAUAACUCACCAGGCUACUUGCAUCCUAAAAGUUUGAAUUACAUAGAUGCAUGGGUGUGAUCAUCUAUGUCUCAGAUUAAAUGCUGUCUCUAUAUUUGCUCUGUCACCUCUCUGUUAGAGGUCUCAACCACUGUGUCUCUCCCAGUGAAUACUGGACAGUUGUGUAGUGAUAGGUAGACUAACCUGUCCUUGCUUUCUUGCCCUCCAGGGGGAAAAUUGUAAAACCUUCUAUUAAAAAUAUCAAUAUAUAAUCUGUCCUUGAAUUCAAUAUCGUCAGUUCUUUGAUUUGUCACCCAUCUUGAUUAUUAGUUAUACUUGAAAACCAUCUGUCCAUGACUUCAAUCAUGACUAACGUAGAAAUUCUUCAACCAGUGGCCAGGCAGGGUGCACUUGGUGAAGUGCACACAUAACAGUGCACAAGAAUCCAGGUUCAGACCCCUGGUCCCCACCUGUAGGGGGGGAAGUUUCAGGAGUAGUGAAGCAGGGCUGCAUGUAUCUCUUUGUCUCUUUCCCUUUCUACCUCCUUCUCCUAUCUCAAUUUCUCUCUAUAUCCAAUAGUAAAUAAAAAAUACAUAAUAAAAAAUAAAUUAUUCAACCUAAAACCUCUACGUACAGAACUUGUAGCCUGUUCAUGACAAUAUAGAAUGACACAGACACCUAGGAUGAAGUCAGGCACAGAGUUUGAAAUGUGCAUAGGACUCUCGUUUACAGAGCUGGUAAAAUUCUACUUCGAACCCAAGCUCAAAUCUCAGAGGACUUAUCAUUUGCAAUUUAAAAGUGAACAGUGCAAAACUCUAAAUUAUCCCCUUAUAAGCUGCUAUUCUAGUUAUAGUGUGUGACAUAUGAUUAGACUGUUUAAAAUGCUGACAAAAUCGUUAAUGAAAUAAGAGAAACGGAUCAACAACAUAUGUUCACCUUAAACCAUCUGUCCAUGAUUUCACCCAUGACUAACUUUUCUGUGGGUUUGAAAAAGGUCACAAAUGCAGGUUCUACAGGGGCCCUGGAAAUGACAUAAAUAAAUGAGAUGAAACAGGUGGGGCACAUCAUAGAACUUUGAAGAAGCUUGUCCUUCUAAAAACAAACAAACAAAAAACAAAAUCAGCUGCUAUUUUUAACCAUGGGGACCCAAAGUCGUAUCUUUUUAGAUAUGGUGUCUUUCAUGAUAUUUCUAGAAGAGUCAGGAGCAUCUUCACAUGUUUUAGGUGUUGGCAGCUGGUCA